CUCCCUCUAACGCCGUCAAAACAGACGGCGCCGCGCCACCCUCUUCUUCUCUUUUCUCCUUUUCCCUCCUCUCUCUCUCUCUCUGCAACUCUCUCUUUCCACUCUCUCUCUACUUUCUCUCUCUAGAAUCUCUCUCUCCUCUUGUUUCCUUCAAAGAAUGGGUGCGGCCUGUUGUGUUGCAGCCAAAGAUAAAACUAUACAAAGCGGUCCAACCAGUGAAAUCUUGCAACGGAAUAUUCGAUGUUCCCCGACAUGGAGCUUCCGGUGGGAUCAUCGAGGUCGUGUUGCUGGUGAAGAUACUUCUAUAAAUUGGUUUUCUGAUGGUAUUAACAGGAAUGACAGAUUGGAGAAUAAAAAUGAAUCAUCAUAUGCAUCAGAGGAUGGAAGCCCCUUGCAGAAUUAUCAAAGGAAUAGAUGGCAGAAAUCCCCAAUCUCUGAAGGAACUGCUGGACACGGGAUAAAUUAUUCUUCUGAUCAAUCUAUUUCAAGAAACGUUUCCAUGGAUGUGAGCAUUGAACAGGGGAAGCAGUUGGUAGAACCAUCCUCAGUAUCAUGUUCUUCUCCCACAAAACAUUCACAUUCAUUGCCUUCAACUUCAUUGUCAGUAUCUCCUCUGCCAUCCCCUAGUCACCUGCCUCCAUCCAGCUCAACAUCAUUAAAGCCUUGCCACUCCUCAGGACACCAAUUUUUACGGCAAGCUUCUGAUAGCAGAGUCCUGGGAUUUAAGACACCUAGCAAGUUUGAUGUAUCUGAAGAAAGGGCAGUGCUUCCUUCAUGGAGCAAUGAAUCUCGCAUGCACACCCUUGGUGGAUCUUCUGAAAAUUGGUCUAGGCCUGGCUUUUCUGAGCUGAUGGCCAUUUCACAUAUGGAAAGAUGGUCAGUUGAUCGUCAGUCUUUUGGUUUAAACUGUGGAAGAUUGGGUAAAUCCAGUGGUCGGUUCUCAACUUCUCCUGUUGAUUUGCAAACAUGUGGCAUUUGCUCAAACCUUUUAACUGAAAAGUCUUCUUGGAGCACUCAAAAGAUUAUUGCGAGUAAUGACCUUUCUGUAGUUUCUGUUCUUGUUUGUGGACAUACCUAUCACUCUGAAUGUUUGGAAAGUAUGACACCUGAUAUCAGUAAGUAUGACCCAGCUUGCCCAGUUUGCACUUACGGCGAGAAACAAACUCUUAAGUUGUCUGAAAAAGCUCUGAAAGCUGAAAUAGAAUUGAGGGCUAGAAAUAAGAAAUCAAGGAACCGAAUUGUGGACAGUGAUAUUGAUGAUGAUUAUGUUGUGUUUGAUAACUUCAAAGAUAGAGGGUGCCAAAGUAAAGGUCCUAGAAUGGAGUGUAGUUCGAGUGGGAGAAGCUCUACUGGGAAACCUUUUCUGAAGAGACACUUCUCAUUUGGCUCCAAGGGUUCCAAAUGCAUGUUAGAUAAUCACCCAACACGAAAGAAGGGCUUAUUUUGGGCAAAGUCUAGCAAGGAAUAGGCUGCUUCUUGGUAUUUGAGAGGUUCCAUUGUUGCUCUUCUCUGCAACCUCUGAUAAAAUGACUGAGGAAAGGGCAAGAUGUCAUUCAUUUAGCUUUGACUAUUGAACAUCUGCAUACACCAAUCUGGAAUUUACUCUGUAAAGAAGAAAAUGGAAGACAUACAGAAGGAUAAGGUAAAUAUAGGAAGACAAAGAUAGUGUUUAUAGACCAGGGUUCUUGUAUCUUGUUUUGUACAGGUCAAUUUGUUUAUUGCAUGGAUAUAGUUCAAAUAUCCAAAUGAUGUCCUGUAAUCCAUUGUUCUGUUGUUGCAUUAUACAUGCCAUUAGCCCUGGGGAGUCUGGUGCUGGGCAAUGGUCUUCACAGAUUAUUGAGCAAUACCAAUUAGUUUGGUUGACUCUAUUAGUUUCUUUUAGCGAAAGAACAUUUUUAGAAGAACCUUUUAUCAAUCAGAGAUCAACGCUCUUGUUGGCAAAA